AAACCAACAAGGGAAAUUUUCCCCCAGACUGUCUUCCUUGUCCCCCGCUCCAACAUUGCGCUCCCUCUUCUCUCUCUCUCUCCCUCUCCCUCUCUCUCUCUCUCUCUCUCUCUCGCUGUGUUUGUGCUCACGGCGCACUUCCAAUGUAAACGGCUUUGAGAAUCCUUCACUUGUUGAAAUCCAAGUCUUUAUUUAGCAAGGUUUUCUGUUUUGCCUUUAAAGCUUAUUGAAAGAUCACAACUUGGGCCAUCAAAUCGUUCGCUUUCUGCUUCCAAAGCCAUAAAAAUUACAUCUUUUUAUAUCUGGUUGUGCUGUAGUCUUUCCUCUGCAUCAGAUUUGCUGGAAUAAGUUAAAUACAGCACCUUCCAGGAGCUUACUGAAGUGCAAGGAGGAAAGGAAGAAAAUUCAAUUGUACAUGAUCUUGACAAAAUCUCAAGAUCUUUUGCAAGACACAAAUGAUCCUCACAUCCUGUGUUGUGUGCAUGGGAUCCCAUGGGAAGAUAGGAUCCUACUAGGGCCAUGAAAAGGCUACAUUGUGUAAGGUACAACCAUUCGAAAGAAAAAAAUCAUUGCUGGGUUCUGCAGAUUCUAAAGCUGUUUAAAAUUUCCAUCUGCAAGGCAAGCUGGGAUAAAUGGGCAGAGGAAGAGGGAAGGGGAAGAAACUCACAGUAGUAGCAAACCAUGAGGACCUUGGAAAUGGGGGUGAAGAACCGCUUCCAGAAUAUAAAAGAAGUGGAGAGCCUGAAAUACCCAUGAAAGAUGAUAACAAGCAAGAGGAAAAUGUAGCAAUUGAAGUAGAUGGAACCAAUAUCAAACCUAUCCUCAUGAGUAAGGAGGAAAUAACUCAGGAGAGUGGGAAGAAGAGGAAGAGGCAUUUGCAAGUAAAAGAAAACUCUGGUGCAGCAUUGGAAGAAAAUGGCUCCAUUGCGGCAUCCAAAAUGGGGGAGACGGCAAAGACUAUUGGAUACAGACAAACUGGAAGCCGUCGUAAGAGUAAACCGCAUCGUGCAGCUGAAGCUGUAGUUCCAGUAAUGGCUGUCUACAAGGGGCUUUGACUGUUCUGUUUGCCCCGAAUUCUUAGAAUCUCUGAUGCUUUCGUUCUUCUGUUUGCCUUUUUGCUCAGUUUCAAAGUUUUCUUGUUAAGCUUAUUGUCAUGAAUGGACCAAACAAUCUAAUACUAUAUAUUUGCUCAGUCUUUAUAAAGUUGUUCUAUGAAAGAAUUUUGGAUGUACAGAUCA